AUUCAGUUCGAUAACAAUGAGAGUGUUUAUUGCGGUUGUUGGGCUACUCUUGUUGGUGAUCAGCGCCUCAAGGGCGAAGGAUCAACCAUUUGGUUGCCCAUUCCAUCAGUUGGACUCGUCAGAGUUGGAAUACACUGGUAGACACAAGCGAAGCAGCGACUCGUUUGAUGUGCCAACUGGCGAAGGCGCAGAGCAUCACCUGGACGACUUACUCAAAAGCAUUUUACCUAAGAACAGCAUCAGCUCAGGACUCAGCAGUUGGAUAAGCACGACUGAAAAUGAAAAGCGAAUGAAGCAGCCCAUUAAGUGCGGCAUACCACCGCUGAACUGUUUAAAUGAUACGAGGAAUUUGCAUUAUCGCAGUAUUGACGGCGCCUGUAAUAAUUUGCUGUAUCCCGAGUUUGGAAUCGCCACCUCCAGAUAUAAGCGACUUUUGCGCCCUACAUACGUGCAGCAUGGACAAACUGUGCCCAACGCACGUCUCCUUUCGCUGUCAAUGUUCGGUGAGAAAACAGUUAUGGACAAGUUCCGCACGGUGGCGUCCAUGCAGUUUGGCCAGUUCGUCGCCCACGACAUUAGCCAGUUGACCACCCAGGGAGCACCCAGAGAUUGUUGCGCCGAACCGCGUCACCCCCAGUGCCAACCCAUAACUCUAGCAGCAGGUGGACCCAUCGCCUAUAAUACAGGGAGGUCUUGCCUUAGCUUUGCACGCGCUUUAUCUGACGCGGAUGGCAUUUGCCCAAAGAGCGGUCUACCUUAUAGUGAGAAGCUGUCUGUGGUUACGGCCUAUUUGGAUCUCUCUUCACUGUAUGGCAAUUCGCCGGCACAAAAUCAACGAGUACGUCUUUUCAAGGGCGGACAGCUCCGCACUUCGUAUGCCAAUGGCCAGCAGUGGAUGCCCGUGACGCAGAAUCAUGAAGGUGAAUGUGGCAUUAACAGUGAGUGCUACAGCAUGCCAGACUUACGCAAUCGUUUCACACCGACAAUUGCCGUACUUCACACAAUUAUGCUGCGCGAGCAUAAUCGACUGGCAGAGCAACUGGGCCUAUUGAAUCCCCAUUACAACGAUGAGCGCUUAUACCAGGAAGCUCGCAAGAUUAAUAUUGCGCAGUAUCAGAAGAUCACAUAUUAUGACUACCUAGUGGCUGUUCUAGGCAGCGCCUACACGCAUCUGAAUGGCCUUACGUAUCCCUAUUCAGAAGGCUCAACGGACUAUGUGAAUGACUAUGACGAGGGCGUUAAUCCCAAUCCCUACGCUGAGUUUUCUGCUGCUGCCUUCCGCUACUCGCACACUCAGGUUGCGGGAUGGUUCUCAAUGGUUUCAUCUAAUCGCUAUGCAAAUCAGACUCUACGUCUCAGCGACUUCUUUGAGCGCCCUGAGACGAUUCGUUUAUUGUCCUCGAACUACAAUUUUGCUGAUUUGGUUCGUGGAAUGGCCACGCAACUACAGAAGCGAGCAGACUCUAAUAUCGAUCGUGAGAUCAAACACUACUUCAACCGGAAAGAGUUUGAGGAGUUCGGAUCCGAUCUCAAGUCGUUGGACAUCCAACGUGCUCGCGAUUUCGGACUGCCUUCUUACAACGAUGUUCGUGAGUUUUGUGGUCUGCGGCGAGCCAGUGACUGGUCGGAAUUUGCCAGCGAAAUACCCAGCGAGAAAAUUAAUUUACUGCGUAAGCUGUAUGCCUCCCCAGCUGAUGUCGAGCUUAGUGUGGGUGGCACUCUUGAGUUUCAUGUUCCUGGCUCAUUAUUUGGACCCACAUUGCUCUGUGUUGUUGGAAAGCAGUUCCUAAAUACACGUCGAGGUGAUCGCUUUUUCUUUGAACGGGAAAAUCAUCUAAGUGGCUUUUCACGCAGCCAACUGUCGGAGAUACGGAAAAUCAGCUUAGCAUCAUUGUUCUGCAAUAAUGUUCAAGGCCUACAUUAUAUCCAGCCGAAUGUUUUCAUUUUCCCUAACACUCGCAAUAUUUUGCUAAGCUGCAAUGAUAUUCCACAGCUGGACCUUACCAAAUGGCAAGACCUCACUCCCCAACUGGUUAACUAAUAAGCAGCAAGUCACUUUGGAGAGAAAUGUAGAAAUAUUACUUUGUUAAAUAACCACCUGAUAGAUAAUC